AAAAAAAAUAGUCAUGUCUGACACUGUUCAUCAAGUUCCUUCGCGUCUUUUAGACUCUUCAAAAUGUCCUAAACCUCAUAUCGAUUCCUUUGAGAAAUAUAAAAAAAUUUAUGAAGAGAGUAUCAAGGACCCUCAAGCAUUCUGGGGAAAACAAGCCAAGGAACUUCUACAUUGGCAUAAACCUUUCGAAACUGUUCUGACUGGCGGACUUGAGCAUGGGGAUGUAGCUUGGUUCCGUGAAGGUGAAUUGAAUGCUUCUUAUAAUUGUAUUGAUAGACACGCUCUUGCCAAUCCCGAUAAGGUUGCAAUUAUUCAUGAAGCUGAUGAACCAGGAAAUUCUCGUCGUAUAACUUACGGAGAAUUAUUACAUGAAGUUAGUCGUCUUGCCAAUACCUUAAAGUCAUUAGGAUUAAAGAAAGGUGAUACAGUGGCCAUUUAUAUGCCCAUGAUUCCUGAAGCUGCGGUAGCAUUCUUGGCAUGUGCAAGAUUAGGCCUAGUCCAUUCUGUUGUAUUUGCCGGAUUCUCUUCUGAAGCAUUACGUAGUCGUAUUAUCGAUGCCUCAAGUAAACUAGUUAUUACAGCUGAUGAAGGAAGACGUGGGGGUAAAACCAUCCACACAAAAAAGAUCGUUGACGUUGCAUUAGAAGGAUGUUCUACGGUUGAGCACGUACUCGUAUUUCGUCGUACCGGAUCUGAAGUUCCAUUCUCUGCUCCGCGUGAUUUAUGGUGGCAUGAGGAAUUGGAAAAACAUCGACCCUAUUGUCCACCUGAAAUUGUUAAUGCAGAAGAUCCACUGUUUUUACUUUAUACUUCAGGGUCAACAGGAAAACCUAAAGGUGUUGUUCAUGCUACAGCAGGAUAUUUACUGGGAGCGGCAAUUACUUUUAAAUAUACUUUUGACUAUCAAGAAAAUGAUGUUUAUGGAUGUAUGGCAGAUAUUGGAUGGAUUACAGGACAUACUUAUAUCAUAUAUGGGCCAUUACUAAAUGGGGCCACAACAGUAUUAUUCGAGUCCACACCAGUCUAUCCUACAGCAAGUAGAUAUUGGGAAGUUGUUGCUCAACAUAAAAUUACUCAAUUAUAUACUGCACCAACUGCAAUUAGAUUAUUAAGAAGAUUUGGUAAUGAUUAUGUUAAAGGUCAUGAUUUAUCUAGUCUUAGAAUUAUUGGUUCCGUAGGGGAACCGAUUAAUCCUGAAGCUUGGGAAUGGUAUUAUGAAGUAGUAGGAAGAAAAGAAUGUUCAGUAGUUGAUACUUAUUGGCAGACGGAAACCGGUUCUAUCGUCCUCACACCUCUACCGGGAGCAACUCCAAUGAAACCAGGUUCUGCUACUUUCCCAUUCUUUGGUAUUGAACCUGCAGUAUUAGAAGCCGAAACAGGAAAAGAACUUGAAGGGAAUGAUGUCGAAGGAGUUUUGGUAAUUAAAAAUCCUUGGCCUUCGAUGGCAAGAACCGUUUAUAAUAAUCAUCAUAGAUAUAUGGAUACUUAUUUAAAUGUUUAUAAAGGUUAUUAUUUCACUGGGGAUGGAGUUGGUAGAGAUCAUGAUGGUUUUUAUUGGAUUAGAGGUCGUGUAGAUGAUGUUAUUAGUGUCUCAGGUCAUCGCUUAUCUACUGCUGAAAUUGAAUCUGCUUUAAUUUCACAUCAAUCUGUUGCAGAAGCUGCUGUAAUUGGUGUACAUGACGAUUUAACAGGUCAAUGUGUACAUGCUUUUUGUACCCUUAAACCUGAUCAAGGUGGAACUGAUGUUAGCGAAUUGGUUUUACAAGUUAGGAAAGUUAUUGGACCUUUUGCUGCUCCAAAGAAGAUUUAUAUUUCUAGUGAUUUACCUAAAACUCGUAGUGGUAAAAUUAUGAGGCGUGUUCUUAGAAAAAUUGUUUCUGGAGAAACCAAUCAAUUAGGUGAUUUAAGUACUUUAGCUGAUCCUUCUAUUAUUCCUGUUUUAAUUGAUAUUGUUCAAAAAUCAUAAAUUUUUGUAAAAUCAUGUGUUUAUUAGUUUAUUGUACGAUUAUAUUUAUAUAUUUCAUUUACCUAUCUCAAUUAAACAUGUUGAAUUUCGUUCUUUUGGCUACUGAAAGUCGUUUAUUUUGGUUUUUAUUAAAUAAAUUACUAUAAUUUUAAUACAAUUUUUUUUUGUAAUUAUACAAACACAAGCUAAAGGAUCUAAUUAU